GGUGUUGAUAUAUUCAGACCCCGAAAAGCUGGAGUUAUUUGGCCAAGGUGGGGCAGAGUCAGGUGAUCAUCCGUAGCCUAGCUUGAAAAGGAGACAAUGGCAUUCACAGAGAACUGUACGUGGGAAAACUGGGCUCUGUUCCUGCUUUACCGGAUCCAAAACGUCCAUUUAAAUCGCCUCUAAGGACCAGUAAUGUAUAAAUUUGUAAACUAAGUUGUUUUAAAGCGAACCGUCGGCGGAGGAAGCCCCCUCAGACCGUCUGUGGGAGGGGCGACACCAGCCCGACCGCAGUUAGUCAGUCAGUCAGUCAGUCGGGCGGUUGGUGCCGAAGCUGACCGGAGCAGCAUCGCCGCCUCCGUCGAGGGCGCCCCUGAAUUUUGGGACUAGCCACUUGGAUGCCACCGUCCUCCACGAACCGCCCUGCUGUGGCUGAUGGAAACACCUCCGUCAAAAUGUGCGCGAAUGUGUUCGGAGUUUUGAAAAGCCUGUUUGGGAAGCCCUUUGAUGGUGGGAAAAGGAUGGACCAUGGCGGCCCGCAGCAGCAGCAACAACAUCCAAUGGAGCAGCAGCAGCAGCAGCAGCCGUAUAAUCCGCAGCACCCUGCCAUGAUGCGGCUGUACGAGGUCCAAAAGGAGGUGGCGUCUCUGGGGCCUCAGGUCUGCACCUUCAGCGGGCUACAGAACGACCGCGACUACAAGCGUCUGGAGCGCGAGCUGACCCGGCUGCUGCUGGAGGUGGACAAGGUAGACACGGAGGGCAAACCGGAGCUGCAGGGGGCACGAAAGAGGGCUGCCCAGGAGGUGGAGGGCCUCCUGCGGUACCUGGAGGAGAACGGCACUCAUCCGUCCCGUCUGGCCAUCGAGGAGCUGAGCAACGAGGCGCGGCAGCUGGUGGACGAACGCGUGGUGGCACCUCAACGUGCCGGCGGGGUGGCUGAAAUAAACGACGAGCUGGUGGAUGCCCUGCAGGAGCUCGUGCUGAGGCUCACCCAGGUCAAGACCGAAGGGAGGGUGCCGCUCCGCAAAGCCCGUUACCGGGCGCUGACGCGCUUGUGUGCGGUACAGGACGUGCUCGAGGGGCGCACGCAGCAGCAGACCCUCUCCCUGCCGCUGUCCGGGGACACCCACGAGGCCGUGCACUGCAUCAACCAGGUGAUGGUGAAGGUGAGCGUGGCCCGCAGUCAGCUGGUGGCCCUGCUGAUGGGCCUGAGUGGGAGGGACAGCUGCGCCCACCUGUCACGCAUCCUGACGGAGAUGCAGGUGGAGCUGGACGCCCUGGAUGUUUCCGGGAACGCGGCGAUCAGAAAUUACAGGAAACAGGUUGUGGAGGAGAUUAACGGGCUGCUGAAACAUCUGGAUCUGGAGGGGGAGGGAGACGACACGCGCAGGUACGACUUGGCGCAGAACAACUCCAUACGUGAGAUCGAGGCCGUGCGAGCUCACGUCUCCCACCUGCGAGAGGGCGUCCUGCGACACUGCGCGGUGGGCGAUCUCGGCUUCAGACCCAAGGCUGAGCUGCAGAGCCUCCUGACGCACCUGGACCAGGUGGACACGGCCAAGAACCCGUGCAUCAGAGAGGCCCGCCGCCGCGCCGUCGUCGAGGUCCAAGCUGUCAUCACUUUCCUGGACCUCCGCGAGGCCCUGGCCCGCCGCCAGCCGGGGCCCAACGAGCACCCGUCGCACCGGGCUGUGUGGUUGGUCCUGGGGAGCCUCUCGGACCUCCAGGCCCAGGUGCUGGGUUUCGACGGCAAGCGGGUCGACAAGAGCUACAUGAUCCUGGAGGAGCUCCUGACCAAACAGCUGCUGGCGCUGGACGCCGUCGACCCGCAGGGCGACGAGACAACCAAGGUGGCGCGGAAGCAGGCGGUGAAGUUUGCCCAGAACAUUCUCAACUACCUGGACAUGAAGACAGACGAGUGGGAGUAUUGAUUCAGUACAAAACACGGAUCACAGUGUGGGAGACGCGGGAUGGGACGUCGCUGCAGGAAUGAAAGGAGCUGAUAAUGUGUGUAAAUUAAAAAAAAACUGGGACGUUAUCAUUCCAUGGGUGUAUAUAUCUGACUCCAAUCCCCAGAAUGCACUGCGGCAGCGCUUUUCUUUCGUCUCGUUGUGGUAGUCAUGGCUGACCCUGCUGAGAAGUCAACAACACCGAACUCCUUUUGUGAAACACACUUUCAAAAAAAAAUUUUUUUUGUGGUUUUUGAAGAUUUUCUUUUUUUAAACUCUCCGAUGUGCGUGUGCGUCUGUGUGUGUGUCUGUGUGUGUGUGUGUGUGUGUGUGUGUGUGUGAGUCGUCGUCGUCGUCGUCGUUGUAUUUGAUGUGUUUGGUCGCUGAAGCCUGCUGCCAAAGCACUAAAUAAUGCCUGUUAAAGUGGUCACAUCCUCCAGGCUGCACUUGACAUUGAUAAAUUACUCGGGAGUGAUGAAAUGCUUCACAGUGGCUUCCCCGUCUGGCCUGGUUCACCGAGUGUCAUUCAUUCGUUUGAGCGUCAGUUGCUAAUGGAGACAGCCAAUGCAUGUUUUAAACGUGACCUAAUUCGGGUGAAAUUGUCCACUGCUGCCGCGAGAGCAGCUUUUGAUACUUGUUGGUACCGUGCUGAUUUGGGGCCAAAAAGUAUCCCAAAAAAAAAAAAAAGGUUUGCAUUGAAAUCAAAUUUGGUCUGAUUCUAUUUGGCAAAAGCAGAUGGCGUGAACAAAUGUUCAAUGGAAAAUUAAUUGAAUCUGCAGCUAAAUGUGCUUUAAUGCAAUUGAGAAAGAUUUUUGGGCAAAAGUUGCAUUUUAGAAGCAAUGUCAGAGGUGAAACGUUAGAAGCAGAGCUGAAGCAAACAGCUGCUAUCGAAGCCAGGUAAUCUGUGUUUAAUCAGAGAUGUAACUGGAGACGAAAACAGUGGGAGUUUGCUCUAUUGAUGUGAGGCCAUUCUGCACUCCUGCCUGGCCCUGUUUAUCCCCUCAGCAUUUGGUCCGUUUUCUCUGGUAGCGUUCCAAUCCACACGACCGUGGCAAACUCCCCAGAACCCUGCAAACCACAGCUGUCGUGGGCAAACGGUCAAAUGACAAAUGACUAAAGGCGAGCCUCUUUACAGAAGCGUCCAUGAAGUUAGCAGGAAACUGAAAAUCUGUGUUGAGGUGUCGUCUUGUGAGGCAGCCCGCCAGGUGUGAACGGGACCUUUUUGAAAAGAUGAAAGUACCUUUCCAUUCGCUGCUUGUGUAGCCGUUAGUCUGUAAAAUGUUUGUUGUGACUUUGUAUGAUUGCGCUAGUCUAUAAAUGGAUCGUGCUUGAGUUCAAAGAUAGAGGAGAGGAGACGAGAUUUUUUUUUUUUUUGCUGUUGCUGCUGCUUGAGCUUUUUCGUUUCCACCCACUGCUUUCUACUGUCGGAGGACUGUGAGAGGUCCCUGGGGAGAGGAAGAGGAAGAGGAAGGGGAGGCUGAGACGGUGAGAUCCACUGGAUUGACACAUCAAGGCUGAAGCUUACAGGGCUGACAGCCGGGUCCUGUGCGGUAGAGAGUACUGACGGUGAUCGCAGUCGACGGAGCCUUCUAGAAACUUCUCGGAGCUGCUGCUGCUGGAGACAGCGGGAGGGAGGAGAAGGACUGGAAGAGAAGUCCAAAUCUCUGUGCCUUUUUAUUUUCACCCUUCCCUUUGAACUGGUUUGUGGAAAAGCAGCCUUGUGGUGCAGCGACUGAAUGAAGAGCAAGCAGCCGCUCGCUUUUGAUACGUAUCAAUGCACAAGAAUGAGGAAACUAAAGCCCCGAAUGUGUUCAUGGAGAACACCUUGGCCAAUAUUGCCACAUGAAAUAUGCACUACUUGUCAGAAAUUUGAGGCUUUUUCAAAACUGUAUUUUACCCCGAUAAAGGUGGCAGCGCUGUGGUCAAUAACUUGCGGUAACACAGACUGAUCGCUACUUGCAGCAGUCAAUCAAAUGAGUCACAUUGUGCUUUUCCCACUGCAAACAGCCUCGCUGAUAGAGCAGCUCUUUUAAUCUGAAAGCAGGUAGGCAACAGCAACUGAAAAUCAACUAAAAAAAACUGAAUAAUUACCUGAUUAAAAUUACUUAACAGCUUCCUGCUCAUCCCCGACAAAUGACUUCCCGAAGAGAGUGUUUUUGAGACUUAAUUGUCUGCACAAGAUUUCAAAUUUCAAAGCUCAUUCUUGACACUGCAAACAGCAGGUGACAAAACAAUCACACCUCAUUUAGUAGCUGUUCUGGAGCUCUCGAUCAUAUAACGUGAUCUUUAUUUUAGUCGUGGAAAUGCAGAUGUUCAAACCAAAAUUUUUUCCGAGCACUUUGAGGAAUUUAAAGCAGCUAUAAUCAACCGUGGCUCAAAUGACGCACGCACCGAGAAUUAUCACCCCACGCUACUUUUCCCCUCGGCUCUACAGACCUUUUUAGCAUCUUUCAGCUCACUAUUUUUGGUUUUCUGGCAACUCCACUGUUUUGGUUCUAGUCUCUCUAACCAGCAUUAUUUUCAGCAGCGGGAGGCAGCUGUUUUCAGCCAAAAACCUCUGAUAAACACAAUAUACACGACCUGCCAAGCACCAUUCAGCAGACAGACACGGUUAGAGAGCAGCUGGUGAACACAGUGGAGAAUUUAGCGGCUAAAGAGUCGGUAGAGACCAAAAACAGAGCUAAAAGAGCUAAAAGACAGGGAAUAUUGGACUUAAACUCAUCAGAUGGACGCAAACACGACCACAAAUGAAUGAUAUUGUUGUUCCGCGUCUGCUGGCUGUGUAAUAAGGGAACUGUUUGCUCACAUAUCAACCCUAAGAGCUGGUAAAAGUGACCUAAAAAAAUGCAGGAUUAAAGAUGGGAAUUAAGGCAGUUUUGAGAAUAAACAUUCAACUUUCAACAUAGAUGAGAUUUGAACAUUUCCAUGACGAUGAGGCAAACUUCAUCUACUGAUGAGGAUAAUGUGAUAUGAUAGAAAUGUCCAGAAAAGCUACUUAAUGGAUAAUGAGGUGAGACCGUUUUUCUAACAAGCGGAAGAUUUGUUUGGAAAUCAGUUUGCCAGCUUGCUCAGGAAUUUAAAACACCUCAGCGGGGAGAGAGGAAACCUAUGGAUCUUAUCUGAUUGGUGGUUGACAGCCAACGAUCACGAAAAGUAAAGCUGAGGCCAACCGUUCCUGGCUGACGGGACUGUUUGUCAGCUGAGUGUCCCUGUUCUUCCUGUGGGGAACACAGGAAGCUCUGGUUGCUCGCAGUGUGAACGCACAGUAAAGGGUCAAAUGUCUCCGGGCACUAAAGAUACUCUAAUGUGAUUAAAGCAAUAAAGCUGAAGCAAAUCUUUAGGUCUUUUGUGGCUCAUCCCAGCUGCCUAAAAAGUUGUCAUGCGUUUCACUGCUUUUUCAAAAACACAAAAAAACGUGUGCAGUGAACUCCCACAGACCCUUUUUCAUCUGCAUAAAGCUGCUACUGGAAGAAUUUUCCUGGCACAAAGGCUGCAGCUCGGUUUCCUGGGUGGAGAGCUGGCUCAUACGAGAGAAAAUUAGAUUAAACAGCGUUCAUCAAACAUCGUCAGCCUGCCUGGCUGCUGUUGCACCAGAACCUUUCUCACAGCGAACCUUUUGCUCUCUCAGACCAAACCAACCCGGACACACCUUAAGUUCACAUGCUCCUUUUUGUAUGCAGUAAUAUAUUUAAAAAAAAAUAUACAAAAACGUACAUUUAGUCCUCACAGUUCAGUGCGUUUCUGAACAUUGUUUCCUUUUUAAAGAUCCGUUUAAAUAAUUUACCAAAAGUUUUACAUCGUACAAAGAAAUGUUACUUAGAUCUUUUUAUGUCUCAUCGUCUUGAAGCCUCUGUUUUUUGUUUGGUUUUGUUUUGGUUUUGUUUUUUUAAAUUUAGCAUUAGUUGACCCUUCAUGAGUGGUCGUUAUAGCACCUGCACAAAUUUAUACUCUGUGGUUCAUAAGUACAAACUUAAAAGGGAGGAUGGCAGUGAGGGAAAGCGCCAUUUUCUAAAUGUUUUUCUGAAGUCAAGGUUUUUCUUAGAACUGAUGCCAGAAAGAUGGAGCAAGUAACGCUUCAAAAAUUGUUCCCUGUUGUUGUUCUGUGCUGCUUGUACAUGGACACUGGUCCUGUUAGAUUAACGCAAAGUAAUUUCACUUCUGAGUUCUUGGGAAUUGUGAGUGGUAACAGUGUUGUGAACUCUAGGGCUGCAACAAACACUUUUUUUAUUAUUAUUAUCGAUUUAAUCUGUCAGUUAUUUUCUCGAUAAACCGAUGAGUCGUUUGGUCAACAGAAAUAUUCAUCCCAACUCCCCAAAGCCAAAGGCGAUGCCUUCAGAUGUCUUGUUUUGUCCGAUAAACAGUCCAAAACCCAAACAUGCCGAGGCAGACGACUACCGUGACCUUACAUGAGUGUAAACGUUCGCUUGUUACUGUCAACAAAUCCCAUGAAAAGACCAAAACCAACAAUGUAUUAGUCCGUCUCUCAGUACUUUAUGACUUCCCGCCUGAACGUAUCGGCAGCAUGGUGUGUGCGGGAUUGAGUCAAAAUAAUAUACUGUGUGUGUGUGUGUGUGUGUGUGUGUGUGUGAGUGUGUGUGUGUGUGUUCAUGGUGAUGAAAUAACAUGUCAGCCAGUGGAACAGUGUAGCUCACUGAUGUGUUUUUAAUAGUUAUUGGACAACAAUGGAGCUGUAAGGCACAGAGGAAUAAGAUAUAUCAGGCUUUGGAUACACACACAAUACCUGUUGGUAGGGUGCAUUUGUUUUUGGCUUUUCUGGGUUUUUUUCGUGGGAUAUUUCGGCAAUAAGAUAAUUAUAGAAUAUCAUCAGACUUGAACUUUAAAAAUUGAGCUAAUUCUAAAACUAUUAAGCCCUGCUACUUUCAAUACAAAACGUCAGAAAAUCAAAUUUUUCCAGUUUUUAAAGACAUUGGUAUGUUUUCCUGACAACGAUCACACUUAUUCCAAAAAAAAACAAACAACAGAAAAAAAACCCCGUAAGUAAUUUAAUUAAUAAAUGAUUCAGAUUUUUUAAAAUCCUGUUACAACACAAUGUCACUUCUGAGUGAAUGAGCAUUGGAAUUGAUAACAGUACUGUAAAUUCCUGUGCCCUUAGCAUUUUGGUGGUGCUACAUGCCCUGGUAGUGUUGGUAUUUCACACCAGAAAUCCGGACUGACAAAUUGGUACAUGUACAAUAUCCCUUUGGAAUUAGCAUGUACUUUUAUUAUUGUGAAAACUUGCCCAAAAAAAAAAAAAAAAAUUGAAAUUGUUUUAAGAUUUAAAACAGAAUCCAAAUGACAACAGUUUAGCCCUGUUGGUGUUAAAACAAAGCGGCUGGACCACCUUUUAUUAAGUCAUUACAGGACGUAGACAUGGGCAUGUCACUCUAAAAACGGGGUAUCAAAACGUGAUCAGAAAACACAUCAAUGGUUGGUUUGGAUUUAAUCCGUCUGAGCCACUAUUCAAACCACUUACCCUUUAGCCACAAUUUAAUGGUAUUUCCAGCACCUGCUGUCUGCACUCAUAGUCGUCUCAACAGACGCUCUGUGUUCCCCCAACACACCGCUGGACCGCUAAAAAGCAGCUCAGGGUCGUCUGGAGGUUCUGAACCUGGUGACACUGGAGUCCAUUAGUCAAGGAGUUUUUAAAAGAUUCAGAUCCAUUGGGUAUCUAAAGUCGGCCGUCCGACUUCUAUCAGCCUCUUUGCAAGGACGAUGCGUUUAUACCGAACAACAAAUGGGUUGAGCAAACCGCACAGUUAGAGGUUUAAAGGCUUGAGUUUUCCUGCCCAAGGUUGAAUGUAGUCAUUGAGGAAUGUUUCGUCUUUGUAUUUCAUUGAACCAAAGUUUAUUUCAAUAAGCCGAUGAGAUCAGUUGGACUUCAAUAAUACUCAUCAAGAACUGAGAGGGCAGCAGAAAGGCCUUGAACUUGGAAUAUAACGUUAAAUCUCCUGGGACAAUGUGGCAAUCAUGGUGGCAAAGAAAAAAAGUCAAAUCUCAAAAACUGGCUGACAGAAUCUGUAUUUAGAGUCAUACCAACUUAAAAAAAAAAAAAAAAAAAAAUCCUUAUUUUUGUAUACAGCACCCAGCUGACUACACCUGACAGUGAUGCUGGGUCUGGUUUAAGGUCCGAGGGGUUGCAGUUUUCAGAUCAGCGGCCAGCUGCGUCAACGAAGCAUGGGUUUGAGCUUAAAGUCAACGCUAACUGCAACAUUUUAACUCAUUGGUUCCACAUAAAAAUCGCUGCUUUGCUCAGUUGCGUCGUCUCUACUUGCACUACAGUCUAACUAAGUUGACUGUAAUGAAAGCAUUAAGCGUCACGCAAGAACAUUUUCAUAUUAUCCUCCUAAAUUUCUUACUUAUUUUUCCCGGUGAAACUCCAAGUCAGAUUCACCAAGCUCAGCACAAACUUUUGGUAAAUCGCCGUGUCCAUGAGGAGAGGAUCGUUCGCAAUAUUUUGAUCUUUAGCAUAACCGACGCUGAGGAGUAAAAAGAUGAAUUUCAAAGAAUAAACUAAUAAAUGAUUUGGAUUUGUUAAACCCCAUUACAACGCAAUGUCAGUUCUGAAUGAAUGAGGAUCGGAGCUGAUAACAGUACUGCCACACUGUGAAAGGAAUAAAGAUUGAAAGGUCUAACAAGAAGGUCGAUUCUUAAACGUCUUGCAAAAGCAAAGUGGUUCAUGAUGAGUCAGUAGAAUAUUGACCUGUACAGUAACCUUCAUUAAGACCCUGAGGAAGACCAACUGCCGAGCUCUGGUCUGUACGUUGUGUUUUUCCCUUGUGGAGAAAAACUCCCUGUACAUGACUCGUAGCGAAAGGGUCUGGACCACUCGUAAAUUUCGUUCAUACCGGAACGUGAGUUGGCGAAUGCCACAGGUCGUCCUUAAUCAGUUGUACGCGCCGCUUAAGAACCAGCGUGUUCAUUCGACUGGUUCUUGCAUCAGACUCGUCGUUGUAGACAGUGUUCGGCUAAAACGGUAGAGAAAGACACAACUAACCAGUACAGCGGACUGAUUUAAUGUAAGGAUGAAACUAGUAUGUCCAAUAUAGUGUGAACUGCCUAACAUAAAAAACUCUGUGUGUGUCCGAUACCUUACGAAUAAGUCAUUUAUUGUCACAAGCAAGCUAAUGGGGCCAACGACAAAUCCCACUGUUUGGGAAAAAUUUGACAUUUUUUGGAAAUGCGCUUAUUCGCAUAGAAACCACCCUUGUGUCAUUACGGUAAAUAUGGAACUGCAGUCAGGUGGGGUUUUUAGCUUGGCAUCAAGACUGGCAACAAGAGGGAAACCGCUAGCCUAGCUCUGUCCAAAAACGACGACAUCCACCAACCAGCGCCUCCAAAUCCUCUCCAAUUAACACGGUGGAUCUCAUUAGUUAAAUCUGUUUUCAAAGUUCUUUUGUCGUCGUUGCACGGAUUACUCAAACAAGACACGUGUUAAUUAACGCUUGUGAGAUUUAGAGGUGCCGUGAAAGUGGUAUCAAUCUUCUAACCCUGGUCAAGAACACAAGUGUAUUUCCCAGAAUGUCAAACUAUUCCUCUAAGAUAAAUCCUGACUAUGCGUUGUAACUAACUUGUAACGGAGCAGCCCAAGUUAUAGAAUCUUUUCCACUACGUUCAGACUGAGCGACGUUCGAACUUACACGUCGCUGGUGCAACAGGCUGCCCGAUCCGGCAACUGGUCGUACAACGCACGACAAAGGUUGAUCGCUUAGAUGUGGCGAUAAGCUGAAAGUAGAAAAGAUGUCAGGAAGCAAAAAUGACGACGAAGCGGAAAAUUUACCAGAAGAGAGAAGAUCUUCCCUAUUGAGCUUUUGCAAAAAGUUCUUUUACUUAAGAGCACUUUUAUAUGUUCCUCAGUCACUGUCUGUUGUUGCUGCUGCUUCUGCCCUUUCUUUCUGCAAAGGACAGGAAUUUGUUCUGUGACAGAAAAGGUAUUGCAUUUUUUCUUUCCCCUUCCAAAUAUAUGUUUUCUUAAGUCGCCUUUAACUGCGUUGAUUGUGACAGGCUUUUGCUGUUUCUCCGCCGAGACGCGCUUGUACAAAAAGCACACUGAGACUGGAAAAAAAUAAGUUGUGUGAAUGCUCUAUGGAUGGUUGUGUUUUGAAUUUGUAUCCCCACUGCAAAAUAAAGACAG